UCGAAUAAACUGUACAAUUUAAUGGAACUCGGCUUUUUUCAGAUUCAGAUAAAACAGCUUGAAAAGAAGCCGUCGUGCAGUCUGUGAGUGGCGUCUACAGCGGUGACAAGCGGUCUCCUGCAGACUGAGCUCCCUUGAAUGAGCGUUGAGGAAACCUCCGUAUGAAGCACACGAAGGCAAGGUCUCAUCUCUCGCGAGGAACGACGCCAUUAUCGGAAACUCUACAAACAACACGAGAAUUCACCAUUCACACGCGGUGAACAAUGUCUGAACAAGAACUGAAUGAAAUUGUGCAAAUAACAGUGGAGGACUUUAACCAGGAAAAUCGUACUGACAUGAUGGACAAUCAUGAAGAUGAUGAAGAAAGGUCUCAGAAGAAAAGAAGGAAAUUAAGCAACGGCCAGGAGAAUAACAAUAGCAAUCAAGAUAUCGCUCUUAUUAAGAACUUGUUGGUAUCAUUCACUGGAUCAAUCAGCCAGCGGCUGGAGGGAAUUGAGUCAAAGCUACAGUCUCUGGAUGCUGCAUGCAAAAACCUUGCACGCAAACUGGAUAGCAUGGCACCCUGUGCCAGAAGUCCCAUUCAGGUUCCUAUGGUUGCAGGAUCCCCUCAAGGGGCCACUCAGACUUGGAACAAAGUGCGAUGUGUUGUCCCACAAACAAAUGUUAUUGUGAGCAGUGAACCGCCGAAGCCCUCAAGUCCGGAAGACACUCCUCUGGAGAACCUGCUUAGCAACACAGUGACCAGGAGGCGACACAACACCAUCCUAGUAAAGGUCCCUGGCCCCGAAGAGAGUCAAGAGGAACAGGAGAGUGGCUCAGAGGCCAGCGAUUGUGUUUCCAACGGUGGUCAAUCAAGCAAUGCACAGAAAGGCCAAAAUGUCACUCUCAUCACACUCAAUGCAGAAGAUGAUUAUCCAGCCGGCACCUGGUUAGGAGAUGAGAACAACCCAGAGAUGCGAGUUCGCUGUCCAAUAUCUCCAGCUGAUAUGCUUCAUAUCAGCACAAACUGUCGUACAGCAGAGAAAAUGGCGCUGACGCUGCUGGACUACCUAUUCCACCGUGAGGUCCAGGCCAUGUCAAAUCUCUCUGGGCAGGGCAAACAUGGAAAGAAGCAGCUGGACCCACUUAUGAUCUACGGCAUCCGCUGCCACUUAUUCCACAAAUUUGGCAUCACCGAAUCAGACUGGUACCGGAUCAAGCAGAGCAUUGACUCAAAGUGUCGCACUGCUUGGAGACGCAAGCAACGUGGUCAGAGUCUGGCAGUCAAGAGCUUCUCUAAACGAACACCUCGCAACACAGUCACAGAGGAAGGAAUCACAGAAGAAACGGCUCACAUUGAGACUGCCACUCAACAAACCUUGCACUAUACAUUGGCCAAUCAGCAGGUCCAGUUCCACCGUAUUGGUGAAGAUGGACAAGUUCAGGUGAUUCCACAGGGGCAGUUGCACAUAGCCCAGGUGCCACAAGGAGAGGAGGUGCAGAUCACACAGGACAGUGAGGGAAAUCUCCAAAUUCACCAGGUGCAUGUUGGCCAGGAUGGACAGGUGCUUCGUGGAGCUCAGUUGAUAGCUGUCGCUUCAGCUGAUGGAGGAGCCACAGCAGUGGAGGGCUCCCCACUCCCACCUGACAUCCAAGUGCAGUAUGUCCAACUAGCUCCUGUUGCAGAUCACACGGCUGCUGUACAGGCUGCUGAGCUGGCACCAGCCCUGCAGGCAGACAUGGAAGUGAAAGAGGCCAUCCAGGGUGCUAUCCAUGGAGACAAUGGUGAGAUCGUCCAGAUUGUGACAUCUGUGGCCACCUGAGAGUCCAUCUGGUUUGACAAAGAUUAGAAUCCUUCCCUACAGCAUGACCUGAAGAGUCUAUGGAACAUCGGGGGUCAACAAAUGCAUACAGUCUGACAAGUGCUCAAGUUAGAUAGUCUUUUAACAAAUAUUGAAGGUCAUGGAUAAAACAAAGAGGAGCCUUUUUUCUGUUUUCCCCUUGCAAACUACUUAAUUCAUUGUCAGCCAGAUGUCGCAAUGUGGAAAUGCUCACAGAGAUUGUGAAAAGACCAAGAUGCUUCAAAAUCAGCUGUGGCCCCUUCUGGUGGUUUCAUCACUAUAAUGACCUGACAGGCCGAAGAAUACACAGCGGGAUUAUUGUCUCUUCAAGGAGGGUGCUGCUCCUGGACACCAUCACCCUGCCACUUCAUCAGCACCAGUACUUGUUUACAUCAGCUUUGGAAAAUAGUGGGUUAUUUGGACUUCAGCUGUUUGACUAACCCUGAAAUGCCGCAGAGGGUUUGCAAAAAUCCCUGAAAAUCCCUCAAAACAACCAGCACUGUGCUCCUUUUUUCGUCCCUUCUUGUCACAAUGAUCUGAAGGAGAAAGUAGAAUUUGCUGUGGACAGCUGCUCUUUGUCCUAAUUGAUUUGAUUUCCCAACACUCACCUGGAUCUGGUCCAUAUUAUCUCUCCUGGCUGUGAGACACUUUGUUUUGUUCAACUUGUUUUAAUGUUGCUUCAGCCACACAGCUUUGUUUGUUUGUUUUUGGUUUAUCUAAUUGUAACAUGUUGAAAUAUUGGGGGAGAUUUAAUUCCAGAGGUAGAAGGCCAUGAAAUGGAAGAGACUGGGUCAAUGGUAGACAGUACAAGUUGCUUAUAGACAGCCAGGGAAACCCUGAAGUUGUUUAUAUCCCCCAGUUUCGUCUCUGUGACAUCCAUUCAUGUGAAUAAAACAUGUUUGUGGUUGCCAUUAAAGUGUGCUUUUGUUUAGCUUUC